CAGGAAGUGGAGAAUCCGCUACGUCUGCAACAGGAGAGGAGAGGAGGAGGGGGCCGCGUGAGCGAGAAAUAAGAAAACUACGACUAACCUUUGAACUUCCUUCCUUUGUAAAAACCCAAAAUCACGAGACAGUCAAUGUUCGUAAAGAAAGUCAGGGAGAGAUGAAACGUAGAAAAUCUGUGUGUUUUUGAAGAGAGCUGGAAAGAGAAAAGUUGCAAGCCAAGCAAAGGGAAGGAAAACAGUUUUGCCGGAUGCGCGGUUCGGUUUGUAUCCCUCUUCCCAAUGCUCACAUUCCGUUGACAUGAACUUGUGGAGAUUAUGACAAAUAAAUGAAUGCGACGCGUGUUUAUAUUUUCAGAACUUUAUUUAGUUUAACUUAGGGCUAUGCGCUUGAUUUAGAAAACUUCUGUUUACAGAUUAUUACCAGCAAUUUUGGGAUUAGAGAUUCAUGGAAUAUUAAACAGGAAAAAAGUUCUCAAUCCACAUCUGAAACCUUGAAUCUGGACCCACUGAGGAUUUAAAGGUGUAAAUUUUCAGAGAGAAAUAUAAAACCUUGCAACUUUCCCUUAAAAAAAAUGACAUCAGUGCAUUUUACCCCUGGGUUAGAUUCCAAGGAAGUUAAUGGUAAUGGAGUGAAAGAGGAGGCAGAGGUGCAGAUCGAUGAUGGAAAGGAAGAGAGUGGGGAGCCCGACACCAAGUACCAGUGUGUCCGAAAGACAAUAGCUCCUUUUGUGAUGUCCUUUGGAUUUCGUGUUUUUGGCCUGGUACUAAUCAUCGUGGACAUCGUUCUGGUCAUUGUGGAUUUGUCCUUAUCCAACAAGAGCCGUGAAGUGGGAAGUGCAUUGGAGGCCAUUUCCCUCGCCAUCUCCUUUUUUUUCCUCAUUGAUGUGCUGGUCCGUGUUUAUGUGGAAGGAUUCAAGGUGUAUUUCAGCUCAAAGCUGAAUAUUAUAGAUGCUGUUAUUGUGGCCAUUACGCUGGUGGUCACCAUGAUCUACACAUUUUCCGAUCUCUCAGGAGCCAGCCUAAUUCCUAGGGCUGUCACAUUCCUGAGAUCUCUUAGGAUCAUUAUCUUGGUACGCAUCUUCAGAUUGGCCUCACAGAAGCAAGAGCUUGAAAAAGUCACCAGGAGAAUGGUGUCAGAAAACAAAAGACGGUACCAAAAAGAUGGGUUUGAUCUGGACCUCACAUAUGUCACAGAAAGAGUCAUUGCCAUGUCCUUUCCAUCUUCUGGUAAGCAGGCACUCUAUCGGAACCCCAUCAGAGAGGUUGCUAGAUUCCUGGACACCAAACAUCCUGAUAACUACAAGGUGUAUAAUCUCUGUAGUGAGAAGGGUUACGACCCACAAUUCUUUCACUAUAGAGUAGAGCGUGUUAUGAUAGAUGACCAUAAUGUGCCAUCGCUGGAGGACAUGCUGCGUUACACAGCCAGUGUUAGGGAGUGGAUGGCAGCAGAUUCGAGGAAUGUGAUUGCCAUUCAUUGCAAAGGAGGAAAAGGACGAACCGGGACUAUGGUGUGCACUUGGCUCAUUGACAGUGACCAGUUUGAGAGUGCACAGGAGAGUUUGGACUAUUUUGGGGAAAGACGGACUGAUAAAAGUAUGAGUUCAAAGUUCCAAGGUGUUGAAACUCCCUCUCAGAGCAGGUAUGUUGGGUAUUAUGAGAUCAUGAAGAACCAAUACAACCGUCAGCUGCCACCUCAGAAGAGCUUAAAGAUAAAGAGCAUUCGAAUUCACGCCAUUGCAGGUGUGGGAAAGGGUAAUGGGAGUGACCUAAAAGUGAGGAUCAUAGUGAAAGGAGAACUGGUCUUUCAGUGUGUUUGCGCCAAACAGGAGAACUGUGCAAUGUUUCCAGACACUGGCAACAAUGCAGUGGUGAUCAGUUUACAUGAAGGGCCUGUUGUAACCGGAGAUGUAAAGGUCAUGUUUGAUUCCUCUGCUGGCCUGCCAAAGGGGUAUGAGGACUGUCCAUUCUAUUUCUGGUUUAACACCUCUUUUGUAGAGAACAACAGGCUCCAUCUCUCAAGGGAAGAGUUGGACAAUCCUCACAAAUCUAAGACUUGGGACAUCUAUAAGGAGGACUUUGGUGUGACAUUGUCUUUUACUGACUCUUGAUGAGAGAAUUCCCUGACAGUUCAUUGCUACACUCUGGGCCAUGAAUUACUUGUAAUGAUGUGCAAUUAUUUACCUUUUUUGUACUCUCUUACUUAAAAAUGGUAAAAUGAUAUAAAGGGGUGGUGCUUAUAUGUCUAUGGAAAAAGCAUGCUGAAUUGCACAAAAUAAAAAAAUAAGUGCAUUGCAUUAACAGUGCUUAAUUUGGGGAUGCAAUUUCAUAUUUUUGGAUUUAAGUUGUGAAUAUUUCAGUUGAAAACAUUUCACACAAAAUGUCAUCAUUACAAAUUGAGUAAUAAAUAUUCACUUUCCAAUAUAUAUAGAAUAUUAAAGGUGCUGUAAGCGAUUUAUUUCAUGGAAAGGUAUGCAAAAGAGAUAUUAAAGAAAUAAGUGUUAUAAGAAAUCUAGACUCUGUAAACAACAAACAAAAAUGUGACCGCAGACAAUGACACUUUCAGUCAUUUUGCACAUUUUCAUAGUGUUUUGGUUGCAGCAAAUUAUUAAGGCUUACUGACAUUUUUAAGCCAUGUUGUUCAUUACAGUUGUCAGUAGAGGGCACUAUUUUACUGCUGUUGUUUUUAACAACAGUUUCUGCACAAUGUUGAAGAUUUGGUAUCUUUUGGAAAGAGGGGUGUGGCAAAUCCAACGGCUCAGUCUCCUGGAAGUUCAAUUUUUCUUCUUAGAUUUUUAAUGAUGACAUUUUGUGUGAAAUGUUUUCAGUUGAAUUAUUCAUAGCUUAAAUAUACAACCAUAUGAAACCGCAAAAAUGCAAGCACUGUUAAUGCAAUGCGUUUAUUUUUCAAUUAGUGCAAUUCAGUGUAUUUUUUGGUUCAAAGACAUUUUUCAUUAAUAUACUUCCAUAUCCCCUGAUGUAUACUUAUGAUAAACUACAAACUGAAGCCAAUGGAAACUACAGAUAAACCUACAGAUAUAACAGAAAUGUGAUGUGAUUUUUUGUGUGUGCAUGAAAUAUCUUUGUCAUCAUGUGUUUAAGCUUUAAAUAGGAAACAGAUAAUCAUAUUUUCACAGUUGUCAUAUAUAUAUAUAUAUAUAUAUUAAAACAUUUU